UGGUAUUGUGAUUGUUGUAAGUUGGUGUUGGGGGUGGGUGGGGGUGGGGGGGGGAGUGGGGGGGGGGGGGGGGGGGGGGGGGGGGGGGGGGGGGGGGGGGGGGGGGGGGGGGGGGGGGGGGGGGGGGGGGGGGGGGGGGGGGGGGGGGGGGGGGGGGUGGGGGGGUGGGGGUGGGGGGGGGGGGGGGGGGGGGGGGGGGGGGGGGGGGGGGGGGGGGGGGGGGGGGGGGGGGGGGGGGGGGGGGGGGGGGGCGGGGGGGGGGGGGGGGGGGGGGGGGGGGGGGGGGGGGGGGGGGGGGGGGGGGGGGGGGGGGGGGGGGGGGGGGGGGGGGGGGGGGGGGGGGGGGGGGGGGGGGGGGGGGGGGGGGGGGGGGGGGGGGGGGGGGGGGGGGGGGGGGGGGGGGGGGGGGGGGGGGGGGGGGGGGGGGGGGGGGGGGGGGGGGGGGGGGGGGGGGGGGGGGGGGGGGGGGGGGGGGGGGGGGGGGGGGGGGGGGGGGGGGGGGGGGGGGGGGGGGGGGGGGGGGGGGGGGGGGGGGGGGGGGGGGGGGGGGGGGGGGGGGGGGGGGGGGGGGGGGGGGGGGGGGGGGGGGGGGGGGGGGGGGGGGGGGGGGGGGGGGGGGGGGGGGGGGGGGGGGGGGUGGGGGGGGGGGGUGGGGGGGGGGGGGGGGGGGGUGGGGGGGGGGGGUGGGGGGGGGGGGGGUGUUUUUUUUGGGGGGGGGGGUUGCAGAAGAUGAAUUUGGGGGGGGGAAUAAAUUGA